AUGUCCAAUCACACAAGAGUGACUCACUUCAUCCUCAGGGGCUUCUCAGAUGCCCCACUGCUGAGAUUGGUGGUCAUCCCGUUUUUCUUGCUGGUCUACACAUUUGGCCUCCUGGGGAACAUCUCCAUCAUCACAGCUGUGAUGAGAGACAGUAGGCUCCACUCCCCCAUGUACUUCUUCCUGAAGAAUUUAUCUUUCCUGGACAUGUGCUACACUUCAGCCACCAUCCCCAAGGCAAUGGUUAUAUCCUUCACAGGCUCAGGGGUCAUCUCCUAUAUCGAGUGUGUAGCACAGCUUUACAUAUUUAUCACACUCUCUGCUACUGAAUGCUUCCUGCUCACAGCCAUGGCUUAUGACCGGUUCCUGGCCAUCCUCAGACCACUGCUCUAUGGAACCAUCAUGAGCCAGAAAUGUCGUGCUGAGAUGGUGGCUUCUGCCUGGGCGAGUGGGGCCAUCUACUCAGCCUUCCACACUUUCAACACCUUCUCCCUCCCCUACUGUGGACCCAAUAUUGUUGAGCAUUUCUUCUGUGACAUCCCUCCAGUCAUGAGACUGUCCUGCACUGAUUACCACCUCAAUGAGGAGGUGGGCUUUGCUGUCAGCAGCUGCAUUGUCAUGAGCUCCUUUGCCCUCACGGUCCUCUCCUAUGUCUGGAGCCAAGUGUAUUAG